GAAGAACGCGUUGCUGACAGAACACGAGGAGGAGGACCGGGCGAAGAUCGUGUUGAACGCGCUGCCAAGAGGUGUUUCAAAAUGAGUCAACUCCAGCUGCUUGAUGACAAACGUUUCUUCUCCAUCUUGGUCACUGCGUUGGCCCUGCUGUGCUCCGUCCAGGCCCUACCGGGGACGAAUCCUCCGCUCCGUGGCGGCCACCCAUUCCUGUUCAUGUGGAACGCCCCGACGGAGCUCUGCCAUAGCCGCUUCGGCAUGCCGCUCGACCUCUCCCACUUCCACUUCGUCAGCAGCACGCUGAAGACGGCGACCGACCAGAGCAUCUCCAUAUUCUACACCGACCGCUUUGGCGUCUUCCCCUACGUGGACGAAGACACCGGCGAGCUGUACGAAGAGGGCGUGCCGCAGUUGGUUGACCUGCAGGAGCACCACGAGCUCGCCAAGGAGGACAUCGAGUACUACAUCACCGGCAACUGGCCGGGCCUCGCCGUGCUCGACUUUGAGGAGUGGAGGCCGCAGUGGGAUCGAAACUGGGGCAGCAAAGACGUCUACAGACAGAUUUCCAUUGACGUGGCCCAGAAGAAUUACCCGUUUCUGACCAAAGCCGAAGCGGAGUACUGGGCGAAGAUCUUGUUCGAACGCGCUGCCAAGAAGUACUUCAUCCGAUCCAUCCGCAUCGGCAAGAAUCUGAGGCCCAACAGGCUCUGGGGCUACUACCUGUACCCCGACUGCUACAACUACGACUACAAGCAGAACAUGGCGGGCUACACCGGAGAGUGUCCUGCCAUCGAGAAGGACAGGAAUGACGAACUGCAGUGGCUCUGGGCGGAGUCCACGGCGCUCUUUCCGUCCAUCUAUCUGGAGCUGGUGCUCAGGGAUUCCUGGCAGGCCCGGCAGUUCGUCCGGCAUCGGAUCCACGAGGCCAUGAGGGUGUCGGCACUCCCCAACGGCUUCUACUCCAUCCCCGUCUACGCCUACAUCCGCCCCGUCUACAAGGACAGUACGGAUGACUACAUGUCUGAG